AUGAUCGGAGCCAACCUGAACCGCACCCGCACCCGCACCCGGGUACUGGCCGUCGGCGCGACUUUCGUCCUCCUCGUCGGCGCCUUUUGCAGCCUCUCGCCUGCGCUCCACCGCCUCGGCAACGACCGACAGCUCCGCAAGACGAUUAAACCAGCCAGGCUGUCGCGAGCCGAGCUAGGAAUACCCGACUCUGCAUUUGUUGUGACUGCCACCGGCUCCCUUUGCCACCGCAAGCAACAGCAUUGGGUGGUGCGAGCGCUGAGAGCACUGCUCGCUCAAGGGGCGGACGCCUAUGCGCUGCUGGUCGGCAAGCAGCACCAGUGGGGUGUCAGGACACAGCGACAUGUCGACGAGUUCGUCGCUCAAGUCAGCGAGGAGGCUCAGCGCACGGGCCUUAACCAGACGCGGCUGCGAAUCAUCGAGUUUACUCCCUCCGGCUCGUGGCAGUAUAUUGCCCUCGCCAACCUACACGUCUCGGCUUCACAGGCAGAGGCCUACCCGCUCAACACACUGGAGGCCAUGGCGCUCGGUGUGCCUGUCGUUGCCACCGCUGCGGGCGGGACGGCAGAGCAGUGGCCAAGCCCGGCACAGGCUCCAGAGGUGCAGUGGAUGCUCGUGGGCCCAACCGACGAGCAAGGCUUCGUGGCGGCGGUCAGCCGCGCCCAUGCGCUGCACACCAGGGGUGAGCUCUUGCCUUUGAGCUUGAUACAGCGCGCUUUUGUGGGAAGGGCUGAGGUAGCUGUGCGACGUUUUGAGCAGCGAGUGCAGGGCCUGCUCGAUCUUGUGCUGAGUCGGCUGCCUGCCCAAAGGGACCGGGGCGCGCUGUGGCGGCUGUGUUCAGGAGCGCCGGACGAUGUGAGAUAA